AUGCCAGAGGACAACAAGAAGCAGGAGGAGAAGAAGAAAGAAGGAAGCAGUAGCAAAGAAGAGGAGCCCGCCAAACGAAAGAAUUCGAUCGUCGACUCGAGCACUGGCUCCUCCGCUUCGUCAACCACUUCCAGCAACUCUGGAAACACUUCGGACCAUUCAGCAGCUGACGCCGAAGUUCCAGUGACAUUUGGUACGUUAUUUGCUCCUCGCGCACAAUCCGCAUUGUGAGAGGGAAGUGAGAAGGUAACAAUUAGAAGCACGCCGAAACGAGCGAGGCAGAUGGCAACCCAUCGCUUCUGCGUCCUCAUCAAAUGCUCAAUUUGUCAUAGAAACGCGCACCAUUUCCCGCUGCUCACCCAUGAUUUUCGUUUAGAUUUUCGCGCUCGCUUUCUGAAUGUAGUGUGUUGCCUUGUCGGCGCGUAUCGCUAGUUGUAUUCGAGUACUUCAAAAUCAUACCUGAACUUGUUGUUUCCAGAAAACGAGAAAGGGACAAUGACAGUGGACAACGGACAAGGAGACACCAACAUGAGCUCCAGCGGAAGUUCCGACGUCGAUGCCGAUCACUGUGUGGUGGAUAUUCGUGAUCGCACUGAGGAAAUGCUCAAGCUGAUCGGUGAUGGCGAGAAGAAAGUGGUGCAAGUUGUGGAUAACGUGAACGUAGUGCCGAUUUGCAACAACACGCAUUUGAUUACGAUCGAAAACGGGAAGGAGAAAGAGAAGAGUCCUCCACUCGUGCCGUACACCGUUCCCGCUACGUUUACCACUGUGAAGAAGAAGGUUUCUGCUCCGCCACCGCUUCCUCCUUCGUCGUCGCAGGUAAAGAAUAUGCGCAAAUUCACAGCAAAAUUGCAUAGAUAUAUUUUUCAGUCGAGUUCAAAUAAUAAAUCCUCGAAGAACAAAUCGAGAAAGCUGACAAAGCGGGAGAAGAAAGAGCUGGAAAGAAGAGAGCUAGAAAAACAAGGACAUCUUCUUCCGAGCAGCUACCCGGGACAGAAAGAACGAUUGAGAAAUCAGCCAAUCCAGUACAUCGACGGUGAUCGGAAUUUGCACGUGCAUCACUUCGAUGAAUGGUCCGGAAACGAUGUGCAGGACGGAGAGAUGAUCGCGCGGGGCGCAAACGCGGCAGCGCAGACUAUGCUCGGCACCGAAGACAAAGUGAAAAAGCCGUACAUUCGGCACGAAGAGGAUCUGGGGCCGACGAUGAGCUACACCGACUUGCACAGAAGCUCACAGAUGAGAUAUCUCCGUCACGUGGGCACUUUGUAAGUGUAACGUGAAUCCUGAUCAUUAAAUACUGAUGUUCAUUGCAGGGGCACUUAUACCAACCUUCCGCACAGUUUGAAGCUUCUCCAUCGCAUGGGUUACGGAGUCGCAGCUUCCGGAAUGCCAGACGACGAACCUCUUAUGCUAACGAUAGGAGGAGCGAAACCGUUCAUGGCGCACAAGUACGCGAUGUACGUCAUGUCCGAGGGGAAAAUUACCAAUUGGCGACAAGAUUUCCUUGUGACUGCGGACGCUGACUAUUCUACCCCGGAUCUCGCUCAUUUGGAGAUCAUUACCAUUCUCAAAAACACCAUUGACAAGGUAACCGAAAAGUGUUAUUUUUCUUCACAUGAUUCUAAAAAUUUCAGAUGGCUGACAAAGCUCAAGAGCAGUUCUUGCAAAGCAUCUUGAAGUCGUUGAGAGAUCUUGAUCUACGUGAUUUUUUGCUUCGUCUCGGUGAAAUGGAGCGCAAUAUCGUUCUUCUGGAGCAAGAGCAGCGACGGGACGGCACUAUCCCCCAAGCCAAUCAGCGCUUCGAUAGUCUCGAUCGUCGCGAUCGCUACAUCUACCUGGUUUCGCAGGUUCUCCUCUGGACGACGGCCAGCAUAACGCCGUCUGAAGGAGCCUAUGGGGAUAAUUCACGUUCUUGCUCUCUGAUCAUGUACUUGUCGACAACGUGCGAUGACGAGAAGCCGUGCUACGAGCAGAAUCACAGAAAGUGCAUUUUGCUUCAUUUCUUACUCAGCAAAGCUCAGGACAAAUGUUUGAAUCUGAGCCAGAAGUUCUACGGCGGCAACACGCCACUCCAUUUUGCUGCGAUGCGUGGUUCUCCGUGCCAAAUAGACGUUCUACUACGCCACGGAGCCAGUCUCAAUGAGCUCAACGACGAGUUCCGAGCGCCAAUUGCUCUGGCGCUUCGCAGACAUUGCACUCUGAUUGCUCGUCAAUUGAUGUGGCACGGAGCGGAUUUGGGAAGCGCGUUCCACCUCAAACACAUUCAGCCGACGACGCAAGAGGAGACAGAGGUAAGUUCUUCGAGUCAUUUCAAAAGCACACUUUGUAUUUAUGUUUACAGCAUAAACAUCGAUCGGAAUACCACGAACAACUUUCUCAAAACAUACCAUUCAAAGCUCGCGAGUUCAUGGUGCAAAGAGUGCGUGCGCUCACCAACUCGUUCACUUCGUGGGUCGAAGCGAUCCUCAUUGAAUCGGAUCCGCGGCUGAAUCUCGGCGUGGAUUCCGUCCGCUCGAGCCUCCACCAGAUACGGAUCGGUCCAGACAGCAGCGACGCGCUCAUGACUGUCCAAAAAAUGAAUGUUGUGAAGGUUUGUACAAAAACAAAAACAAUAUAUAGAUUUGCUCGAAGUGCUUACAGAAAACCUUCCGUAUGGCAAUCCAACGAUCCGAAUUUUCCGUGGAGCCAAUUGUGAGUUAAUACUCUUUAUUUCAUAUCGAAUCUUAUUAAUCUUCCAGGUUCUUUUCCUUCUUCCUUGCCAAUACACGCGAUUCGACACGACAAUGCCAGCCAACAACCCACACAUAGUCCGUGUUCCGAUGCUGACUGACGCGAAAUCCAUCGCCAUAGCAGUGGCCAACAAAGAAAAGGACAGGACGGCACAGGGAGGUGUGCGUGUGGAGUACAAAGAAGAAGUGAAGAGGGCGAGACCGAUCAGAAUACUUGCACAGCCCGUUUCGUAAGUUGCUCUCAGCGUCAGACCUUCCACAAGAGCAUACACAAUUCAGAGUUUUCCAAUACGACGGACUUGCGGGAUACAAUCACGUUCUGGAGCCAUUCUUCUCGAUUGAGCACAACGGACUCGUCUACGCCUACAAUCUACCCGAAAGUGUCAUCAGUAGGUUGCCAGCCUCAAAUGUAGUGUACUGGAAUAAAAUAUUUCAGGAAAUGAAAAUUCUGAAUACGUGCAAAUAAAGGUUUCCCUUGUCAUUCCGGAGGAGGAGGCGAAGCAGUUCGAGAACUGUUUCUUCAUGGCGCAAGCAGUGCAAGUCGUCCGUCGGCAACCGUCGCCUUCAAUCUACGAAACAUCGACAUCGGAUCCAAGAGCCCAAUCGAUAAUGCAACAGGUUGCUCAGCGAAAAGCCGAAAGGAUAGCCGCCGAAGCUGAAAAGAUGAACAAUCAGGAGAAAGUGGACGCCCGAGUGCGCGGAAUCGUGGCUGAUGUGCAUGCGGGAGUGGCUCAGAAAAAGAGAGAAAGGGAGAUGGCUAAUGCUGCUGCGAAGGCGGCCGCUGAAGCGAGAGCUGCCGCUGAUGCGAAAGCUGCCGCCGACGCUAAGAAGGCUGUCGAUGCGAAGAGAGCUGCGGUUGAGGCAAAGAGGGCAAAGGCUGCUGCUGCAAAAAUUCUCGCUGCCGGGGCCGAAACAAGUGCCGCAAUAGUGUCCGAAGCAGUGCGGUCCGUGCUCCCCGACAAGGGAAAUGAGACAGCAGUCAAGGUCGAUGAGACAGUGAAAGAAAAGGCGAAAAAUCGAGAGAAGGAAAACUCGGAGAAACAGUCUAGGCGGUCUGACUUUCCGAACAAAGGCCAGCCACCAAAGCCUAAAACAGAUUGAUUGAUGAUUACGUGUCCAUGACAGGUACGUUCAAAUUUAGCGACUUGAUUUUAAUCCGCGGUUUGUUACAGAUGCCAAAACGAAUCGUCUUAAACAUAUCUUCAGGAGCAAGGCAUGCUGUAGUUCAUUAUGA